CGGCGGGAGCCCGGAGCCCGGCGCCCCUAUGGGCCGCCUCGCCGCCGCCGCGCCACAGCUAUGACCCUGAGUACGGAGAUGUCCGAUGCCUCUGGCCUCGCCGAGGAGACAGACAUCGACGUGGUGGGGGAGGGCGAGGACGAAGACGACGAGGAAGAGGAGGACGACGACGAGGGCGGCGGUGGCGGGCCCCGGCUGGCUGUCCCCGCGCAGCGGCGGCGGCGGCGGCGCUCGUACGCCGGGGAAGACGAGCUAGAGGACCUGGAGGAGGAGGAGGACGACGAUGACAUCCUGCUGGCCCAGCGGACAGGGGGCUCCCCGGCACCCCCGGGCCCAGCCCCAGUGGCAGGGACCGGGGCCGGGGCCGGUGGCGGCGGCAGCGCGGGCGCGAGCGGCGGCGGGAGCGUGAGCUCGGGCGGAGGCGCCAAGAACCCCCUGGUGAAGCCGCCCUACUCGUACAUCGCGCUCAUCACCAUGGCCAUCCUGCAGAGCCCCAAGAAACGGCUGACGCUGAGCGAGAUCUGCGAGUUCAUCAGCGGCCGCUUCCCCUACUACCGGGAGAAGUUCCCCGCCUGGCAGAACAGCAUCCGCCACAAUCUCUCGCUCAACGACUGCUUCGUCAAGAUUCCCCGCGAACCCGGCAACCCCGGCAAAGGCAACUACUGGACGCUCGACCCUGAGUCCGCCGACAUGUUCGACAACGGCAGCUUCCUGCGCCGGAGGAAGCGCUUCAAGCGGCAGCCACUGCUCCCGCCCAACGCGGCCGCCGCCGAAUCGCUGCUGCUGCGCAGCGCGGGGGGCGCGGGGAGCGCAGGGGACCCCGCCGCCGCCGCCGCGCUCUUCCCACCCGCGCCCCCACCAGCCCCGCACGCCUAUGGCUACAGCCCCUACGGCUGCGGCUAUGGCCUGCAGCUGCCGCCCUACGCGCCGCCCUCGGCCCUCUUCGCCGCAGCCGCCGCUGCCGCCGCAGCCUUCCACCCGCACUCACCCCCGCCGCCCCCGCCGCCCCCGCCACCGCACGGUGCGGCGGCAGAGCUUGCCCGGACCGCCUUCGGCUACCGGCCGCACCCGCUCGGCGCCGCCCUGCCCGGCCCCCUGCAGGCCUCGGCGACCAAGGCGGGCGGCCCGGGAGCCUCAGCGCUGGCGCGCUCGCCCUUCUCCAUCGAGAGCAUCAUCGGGGGCAGCCUGGGCCCGGCCGCCGCCGCCGCAGCCGCCGCGCAGGCCGCCGUCACCGUGCAGGCCUCGCCCUCCCCCUCUCCGGGCACGCAGUCCGCGCCCGCGCCCGCAUCCGGCGGCGGCGGCGGCGGCGGCGGCGGCAGCUGCGGGGCUCAGGCGGCGGUGGGCCCGGCCGCCGCGCUCACCCGCUCCCUCGUGGCCGCCGCGGCCGCCGCCGCCUCCUCCGUCUCCUCGUCCGCCGCCCUGGGGACUCUGCACCAAGGGACUGCCCUGUCAAGUGUCGAGAACUUUACUGCUAGGAUCUCAAAUUGUUAAUAACGCUAUGUUAGCGCGCUUGAGAUGGAGAAGGUAGGAAUCCCGGCUCCUUUUUUCAUCUGGGUGGUUUUGUGUUUUGUUCCCGCCUCCCGACGCGGCCCCUGCCGACCUCGCGCCCCCAUUUUCGCCGUUUUGGAUUCUCUGAGGAGACUGUUCGGCAACUGGUUGGGCGCGCCUUUUGGCUCUGCAGGUUCCCCUGUUUCUGCAAAAUCGCCCUAUGCUGCAGUCCCCCAAUCUGGGGUGAGGAGGGAGAGGGUGCUGGUGGGGAUCCGCCCUCUCUAGGCACAAGAGGCUUCCAUGACUUUGGGAAAUUUAAAAAUUAAGCCUUUUUAAGGUCUAGAAAUUCUCAGGUCCAGGCGUUUAAAAAAAAUCAAUAAUACUCAACAGAAUAAUGAUACAAAAAUAGUAACGGUCCCGAAGAAUGGUUUUUAUUUGAGGACACUUGUCUGGUGUACUUUUUCAUGAAAAGAAAAAAAUGAUGCUCAUGUUUACACAAGGAAAAAGGUCAAAAUUAUCAUUUCUUAUUUUAACCUGUGUUUUGUAUCAUAACAGACAUGCGGAAUUUUAAUUUUGUACUUACUGCGUAUGCUUUACAAGGAGUAUUGUAAAUUUUACUGGCAAUUGUACUAUUCUAAUGUAAGAUUUUUACACUUUUUUUCAGAAAUAAAAUGCUUAAUUUUCAAAGAAAAACCACCAAAAGAAUUGGCUUUAGUCGUCCCCUUCUUAGUUUAUUUUCUUUUCCUUAAAA